AUACAUGCCUUCCCCAUUUUCCUCACAAUUCCUCUACCUCAUUCACAAUAUAUUUCUCCAUCUCGCUUUCCAUUUUAUUUUCCAAAAAUCCUUCAUCAUGGUUUCUUCUUCAACUUCUGUUUCUUCAAUGCUGGUGAUAGUACCCCUUCUAGUGGGCCUUGCAUGGCUGUAUCUGCCAGUAAUUUCUACCAAGAUUUCGAUAUGACUUGGGGAGAUGGCCGAGCUAAGAUCCUCAACAAUGGGGAACUUCUAACUCUAGGCCUUGACAAAGCUUCUGGCUCUGGAUUUCAAUCCAAGAAUGAGUAUCUGUUUGGCAAAAUUGAUAUGCAGCUCAAGCUUGUCCCUGGAAACUCUGCAGGCACUGUUACUGCAUAUUAUCUAUCAUCAAAAGGGUCAACAUGGGAUGAGAUUGACUUCGAAUUCUUGGGGAAUUUGAGUGGUGAUCCUUAUACUCUCCACACUAAUGUCUUCAGCCAAGGCAAAGGAAAUAGAGAGCAACAGUUCCACCUGUGGUUUGACCCAACUGCUGAUUUCCACACCUAUUCUAUCCUAUGGAAUCCCCAACGCAUUGUCUUCUCAGUGGAUGGUACUCCAAUUAGAGAGUUUAAGAAUGCAGAGUCAAAGGGUGUUCCAUUCCCUAAGAAUCAGCCAAUGAGAAUCUACUCUAGCCUCUGGAAUGCAGAUGAUUGGGCCACAAGAGGUGGGCUUGUCAAAACAGACUGGACCCAAGCUCCUUUCACUGCUUCUUACAGGAACUUCAAUGCCAAUGUUUGUGUUUGGUCUUCUGGAGCUUCUUCUUGCGGCUCAUCUUCUUCAUCUUCUACCUCCUCCACCGGCAAUCCAUGGCUAUCAGAAGAGCUUGAUUCAACAAAGCAGGACAGGUUGAAAUGGGUUCAGAGUAACUACAUGAUCUAUAACUACUGUACCGAUGAAAAGAGAUUCCCCCAAGGCUUUCCUCAAGAAUGCAACAUGUCCUAAGCGAGGCUAGCUGCAAGAGUGAUCGCCCUCUAUACUUUGCACAUAUAAAUUUUUUUAUUCUUUGCCUCAGUUUUCUGACCAUAUAUGUUGAAUUUUGUAUGCAGUUUAAUUCUAUUUUGUAUGUAAUUUAAUUCUCAGAUUUCAAUUCUUUAUCUGUUAUUUUCAAGUCGUCUUGUUGCACAACUUGACUUUUUAAAUAAUACAAUUAUGAAAGAGAUUUUCUAACUA